GUUCCACCGCCUCCAUCGCCGGUUGUGGUCGCAAGAGGCGAACUGUUUCCCAGGUGGCCGUGCGGCAACCAGUCCAAAGUCGGACUUUCAAAACCAACCCGAAGUUUUGAACCCGGCGGCGGCAGUUGUCACUGGCACAGGUUUGGCGUGGUGGCGCCAGUGUACUACUUCUGGGGAGGUCUCGACCAGCAGUGGCUGUAUCCUCUUGGGGUCUCCACCUUAGACCCUGCACUUACCCCUUCCUUACUCCCUCAGCCGGGGACCUGGCUGGGAUCUGGAUUUCCUCUCAUCACUUGCCUCUGCAGUCAGGAGUCCAAGCUCAACAGCCUUGGGCUUUAGAGACUCCCACAGUUCCACAAAGGCUGAGCUGCCCUGAGUCCUACAGCCCAUCCUCUCUCUGGGAUGAGGUUACUAUUCUCUGAUCCCAGCUUCAAUCUCAGGCUCAGGUGACUGAGGCACUGAGGCAGGCAGUGCAGGGCCUGCUAGAAGAGCGAGAAUAGCAGAAGUACCAGAUCAGUGUCCUGGAAGCAUCACUAAGGUUGCUGCAGGGGGCCCCAAAGGGGAGCGCUCUUCUCCUGGAGCAACGCUUGGAGGAGCUGAGAAGGGAACUGCAGGGCCUUCAGAGCCAGGUGUGGGAGCAAGCCCAAGCCCAAGCCCAGAUGCAAACAGGACCAGGAGAAUGCGGUACUACCAAUGGCCUUCCUCAGGAGCUGCAGACCGAAAUAGCACUGCUGUCACUCCUACAGUGCUGUGGGAGGAGUCAGAGAUUAUGCAGAAGGAAUUGAAGUUGCUGCAGUACCAGUUGAGACCUCCAUUCAUGUUGUCCAAUCUAAGCUGCCUCUGGCCACUACCUUCACCAUGUCUGUUUCUUCAUCCAGCUCUUAAUUCAGUCUUCUGGACAGUAACAGUAGCUGGGAACUUUUAUGGAAGCCAGAUCCCCAGAGGAGCACCCUUUUUAACCUGGAGCCCAGCAUCUUUCAGCUCCAUGUCCAGAGUCUUGAGCAAGAGGACCUAUUCCUUUGGGGCCCCAAGAUGCUCCUGAAUGACCUGUAAGGACUCGUUAAGAAUAGUAGGAUGAAGCCUUCUUUGCCCACCCUCCCCUCCAAGGCCCUGUUUCUGGGCUGUCCGCCCUGCCUUCUUGAAGUAGCUAUUAUCUGUCUUCUCUACUGAGGCUUUUCACUGCCUGCCCAUCCUUGCCCCCCAACUGCGAUAAAAUGGUUUAACCCUCCCUGAUGUGUUUUCUGUGAGUCAGCACCCACAUGGGAUAGAAUCAGCUGUACCUGUUCAUCUUCCUGUUACUUGGAGUGCUUUCUGUGACCUCUACCCCUGAAAUCCAAGUUCAUAGACAUUUAUAGCUGUAUCUUUUUUUUUUUUUUGAGACAGAGUUUU